ACGUCAAUCAGCGGCUCCCGGUGCCGGUGCCCAUGAACGGCGCCCUCUGCACCGCCUGUUUCUUCCUGGUCACCGCAGCCGGUAACAGCAAUGCCGGGGCCAGGGAGCUGCGGGGCCCGGACAUGGCUCUCUACAGGGAGCGAGUCAAAGCCAUGUUUUACCACGCCUACAACAACUAUUUGGAGAAUGCUUUCCCGUAUGAUGAACUGAGACCCUUGACCUGUGAUGGGCAGGACACAUGGGGGAGCUUUUCUCUGACCCUAAUCGAUGCACUGGAUACUCUCUUGGUGCUGGGCAACACAACCGAGUUUCAAAGGGUUGUCCAUAUGCUCGAGCAUGGAGUGGACUUCGAUAUCGAUGUCAACGCCUCUGUGUUUGAGACAAACAUUCGCGUGGUGGGGGGGCUGUUGUCGGCUCACUUGCUUUCCAAGCAAGGAGGGAUUGAGGUGGAGCCGGGCUGGCCCUGCUCGGGACCACUGCUCCGAAAGGCUGUAGAAGCUGCUCACAGACUGUUACCAGCUUUCCAGACCCCGACAGGAAUGCCGUAUGGCACGGUGAACCUCAUGAACGGGGUUAAUCCCGACGAGACGCCGGUCACCUGUACAGCCGGGAUCGGCACCUUCAUUUUGGAGUUUGCCACGCUUACCCGGCUGACCGGGGACCCUGUGUUCGAGGACGUGGCCAGGAAGGCGAUGGCAGCGCUGUGGAGCACUCGUUCGAAUAUUGGACUGGUGGGCAAUCACAUCGAUGUGGUGACGUCAAAGUGGGUGGCCCAGGAUGCCGGUGUUGGGGCAGGGGUGGAUUCCUACUUUGAGUAUCUGGUGAAGGGAGCCAUCCUUCUACAGGAUGAGGGGCUGAUGUCCAGCUUCCUCGAAUAUGAAAAAGCCAUUAAGAAUUACACAAAGUUUGACGACUGGUACGUGUGGGUUCAGAUGUACAAAGGCAGCGUGACAAUGCCGAUCUUUCAGUCUCUGGAUGCUUAUUGGCCAGGUCUCCAGAGUUUAAUCGGCAACUUGGACAACGCAAUGAAAACCUUCCACAAUUAUUACCAGGUCUGGAAGCAGUACGGAGGCCUGCCCGAGUUCUACAGCAUCCCGCAAGGCUCCAUCGUGGAUAAGCGGGAAGGUUAUCCCCUCCGACCAGAGCUGAUCGAGAGCGCCAUGUAUCUGUACCGAGCCACGGGGGACCCCACUCUGCUGGAGGUGGGCAGGGAUGUCAUCGAGGCCAUCGACAGGAUCAGCCGCGUGGAGUGCGGCUUCGCCACGAUCAAGGACUUGCAGGAACACAAACUGGACAAUCGCAUGGAAUCGUUCUUCCUGGCGGAAACCAUCAAGUACCUCUACCUGCUCUUCGAUCCCGACAACUUCCUGCACAACGACGGCGUCUCAUUCCACACGGUCACCACGCCGUACGGGGAAUGCGUGCUGGGGGCAGGGGGCUACAUCUUCAACACCGAGGGGCACCCCAUCGACCCCGCCGCGCUGCACUGCUGCGGCCGCCGCAGGGAGGAGCGUUGGGAGGUCGAGGAGCUGAUGCAGGAUUUCCACACUUCGCAGUACGCCGGGAGGCGCUGGCACACGAUGGAAACCAGCCGGGAAUACAGACGGGAAAUGCGGGCCCAACUGAACAGGACGAGGAAGGACAAGAGGGCGGGCCGCAGACUGUUUCCGAUCCUGAGCUGCCCCGCUCAGCAUUUCAGCUCCAAACUCGCUGUGAUCGGUCAAGUGUUUACCGACCACUCCUAGAGACCAAGGGCUGGGCUUGGCCACACAGUGAUCUCUGGGAGAUCUCUCUCUCUCUCCAUCGCUUGUCGAUAACGGGUUCAUUCCAUCCCCAUGGAUUUUUUAAAUGCAUUUGGUGCAAUAAAGUUUGGCUAUUUGUU